AUGUGUGUUUCUGUGUGUUUCAGGUACCAGGACAUGAGGAGACAGAUCGGCUUUGAGAUCAGAGACAUGUGGUAUAAUCUUGGUCCACACAAGAUCAAGUUCAUCCCAGAGAUGGUGGGUCCCAUCCUAGAGAUGACUCUGGUCCCAGAGAUAGAGCUGAGGAAAGCUACCAUCCCCAUCUUCUUUGACAUGAUGCAGUGUGAAUUCCACUUCACAUGCAGCUUCCAACGGUUUGAGAAUGAGAUCAUCACCAAACUGGAUCACGAGGUGGAGGGGGGCAGAGGAGACGAGCAGUACAAAGUCCUCUUCCACAAGAUUCUGUUGGAACACUGCAGGAAACACAAGUACCUGUCUAAGAGUGGGGAGAGCUUUGUGAACCUGGUGGUUCGUCUGUUGGAGAGGCUCCUGGACUACAGGACCAUCAUGCACGACGAGAACAAGGAGAACCGGAUGAGCUGCACCGUCAACGUCCUGAACUUCUACAAGGAGAUAGAGAGAGAGGAGAAGGAGAUGUACAUCAGGUACCUGUACAAGCUGUGUGACCUCCACAAGGAGUGUGACAACUACACUGAAGCUGCCUACACACUGCUGCUGCACGCUAAGCUGCUGAAGUGGUCUGAGGAGCCGUGUGCAGCUCACCUGACCCAGAGAGACGGCUACCAGGCCUCCACACAAGGACAACUCAAGGACCAGCUCUACCAGGAGAUCAUCAACUUCUUCGACAAGGGCAAGAUGUGGGAGGAAGCCAUCGUACUAGGAAAGGAGCUGGCAGACCAGUAUGAGAAUGAGAUGUUUGACUUUGAGCAGCUCAGUGCCUCCUUGAGGAAACAGGCUCAGUUCUACGAGAACAUUGUGAAGGUGAUCCGGCCCAAGCCAGACUACUUCGCUGUGGGAUACUAUGGAGUGGGCUUCCCUUCCUUCCUCAGGAACAAGAUGUUCAUCUAUAGGGGGAAGGAGUACGAGAGGAGAGAGGACUUUGAGGCCAGACUGCUCACCCAGUUCCCCAACGCCGACAAGAUGAAGACGACCACGCCGCCCGGCGAGGACAUCAAGACCUCUUCCUCACAGUGCAUCCAGUGUUUCACCGUCAAGCCUGUUCUAGAACUCCCUUCAAAGUUCCAGAACAAACCCGUCUCUGAGCAGAUCGUCAGCUUUUACAUGAUAAAUGAAGUGUAUCAGUUUCAGUACUCCAGACCGGUGAGGAAGGGAGAGAAGGACCCAGACAACGAGUUCUCGAACAUGUGGAUCGAGCGAACCACUUACACCACGGCCUACAAACUGCCUGGGAUCCUGAGAUGGUUCGACGUCAGGUCUGUCUCCACGGAGGAGAUCAGUCCUUUGGAGAAUGCCAUGGAGACGAUGCAACUGACCAAUGAGAAGAUCAGCAACAUGGUGCAGCGUCACCUGAACGACUCCAACCUUCCCAUCAACCCCCUCUCCAUGCUGCUCAACGGCAUCGUGGACCCCGCUGUCAUGGGCGGUUUCACCAACUACGAGAAGGCAUUCUUCACAGAGAAGUAUCAGGGGGAUCACCCUGAGGACCAGGAGAAACUGGACAAACUGAAAGACCUGAUCACAUGGCAGAUCCCUUACUUAGCUGAUGGAGUUCGUAUCCAUGGAGAGAAAGUGUCUGAGGCUCUGAGGCCUUUCCAUGACCGCCUGGAGGCCUGCUUCAAACAGCUCAGAGAGAAAGUGGAGAAACAGUACGGAGUCAAGACACUGCCUGCGGUGGAUGACAGACGUGGGACCCGUCCUCGCUCUAUGCUGCGUUCCUUCACCAUGCCCUCACAACAGAGACCACUCUCUGUGGCUUCAGUCAACUCCAUCUCCUCUGACAACUCCCCCUCUCGACCUGGCUCAGACGGCUUUGCCCUAGAGCCUCUCCUGCCAAAGAAGUUGCACUGCAAGUCCCAGGAUAAGCUGGAGCGCGACGAGUCGGAGAGGGAGAGGAAGGACAAGAAGAAAGAGAAGAGGAACAGUAAACACCAGGAGAUAUUUGACAAGGAGCUGAAGACCACAGACAUCUCCCUGCAGCCCGCCGAGGCAGUCAUACUGUCAGAGACGAUCAGCCCACUGAGGCCUCAGAGACCAAAGAGUCAGGUGUUGAACCUGUUGAGUGGAGACCGCCGUCUCUCUGUGUCCCCCGGACCCCCCCAGCCCCAUUCCUCCCCGGGCCCCCCACCCAUCACCCCCAGGAACAAACUGUCCUUCAGCCUGCUCACCGUCUCCAGUCUGGAGCUGAACGGGAUGGGGGUUGAUAAAGGAGAGACUCCUCCUCCCCUGCCCGUGAAGGGCAUCUCUGCUGAUUAUGGGAACCUGCUAGGAGAUAAUGAAGACUUGACGAGUCCCUCUACCCCUCCCCUGACACACCAUCAAAGGCAUUUGCCACCUCCUCUUCCCAGCAAGACCCCUCCUCCUCCCCCCGGUAAGACCACCAGGAAACAAGCCUCCAUCGAUUCAGGAAUUGUACAAUAAACAAUGACAUUAAG